AGAAAAGAAAAAAAAAAUAAUAAAAAGAAGCGCCAUCGGCGUUCGCACGAUGGGCGCAGUCGCGCCGAAAUUCUAUCGCCAGUCCAGCAUUGACCGUCGUCCGUGUUCGCAUUUUUUUCUGGUUUUCCGCUCGAGAAAACAGCCUUGGAACAAUAAAUACAUCUACAAGAAACGUACAAACGACGUAGAAAAAUUUUAACGUCGAUAAAAGAGAAAUAUCUGAUAUACUUGGAUUUUUUUUUUCCUUCGUUUUCUCCUACGUUCGUCCAAACGAAAAUUUUUAUUUUACCACUUAUUUCAUGGAUUUUAAAAUAACAGGAUAGGAAUUGUAACAUUCGUAUGAUUUAAUUUUUUUUCUUUAUGGAAGGAAGUCAAUUUGAUUUGUUCUUUUUUUUUGAAAAGUAAUAAUUCUGUAUUAUUCCGAUGACGGAUAUUCGAAUGAUCGUAAACUAAAUUGUUCACCUUCGUGUUUCAUGGAUAUUAAAGUGAUAGUGGUCCGUUUGGACAACUCAUUGAAUUCGAGACGCCGCUUAUUGCAUUCGUGAUAUUGUAAACAAUUGGAGAUGCUCAAGUGGGUGGCACUCUGCACGCCACCCUUCCGUUCUGCGGCAUGAAUUCCGGCAGAGUGGAGGAAUUUUGGAAUUUUGGAAUUUCUAGGAGGUAGCUAUUUGACUGUUGAGAAAUUAAAAUUGUUGUCACCUUCGAUUUAUAAGUCACCUCUGAUCAUUAUUUAUUUCAAUUCUUUUUAAUCAUACGGACAUGUAUCAUUUUUAAAUCUUAUAUAGAUAAAAGAUUUCGAAAACUUUUUAUUUUAUAUCAAGAUUUAAAUAACACAAUAUAUUAUAACAAGAAACUACCCUCUAUGAUUAUUGCAAUUUAUUUGAAAUAAAGUUAUGAUGGAUCAGAUUACAAUUAUAAUUUUGUCGACUUUAAUCAUUCAAAAAAAUAUCGAUUUUGAUUGGAAAUGUUUUCUCCAUCGGCUCGUUUACUCACUUAACUGCUUAACUCUAUCGUCCCACUCCCACUUUCAGAAAGUGUACCGCAAAUAUUCAUCAAUAACGCGGUAAACUUGAUCAACCGCUUGUUGCAUGCAUCUCGAGUAAGCAAAUGGGCUUAAAUGCAGUUUGAUGUUCCAUCGUAUCUUCCUUUUUAAAUAACUUUAAGAAUAUACUUUAUAAACAGUUUUUAAUAGUCUGACAAUUGUUUAAAAAAGAACCAUCGGUGUAUUUAUAUUAUUCUGAUGAUAUAGAAACUCGUUAACGUCCUAAACGAGGUAAACCAAGUGAGUAGAAGAAAAGUGGAAGAACAGGAGAUAUUUUUUUUUUAUAUCAAUUAAAGAAAGAGAGCAUAGGAAUUGUCCAAGAUUCGAUUUCAUUAAAAUUUGAAUUUUAUUUAUAUUCACUCGACAACAAUAUAUAUAUAUUUUUUAUUAUUUUUAAUAAAAUUGAUUUUACAAUUUUUAUCUUCCAAAUUCCAUUUUUUCCAAUAUUACUCAAUGUUCUUAUGAGAAUCAAUAUUUUAAAAUGAGCAAAUAAAAAAAAAGCGAUUUAUCUUUGUCAAUAAUGGAUAACGUUAAUUUCCAUAUAUUUCGAAAUUUUUAUUCGACUUUAUCUUCCCGAUAUUUUUUUAAUAUCCCUGAAAAGAGAAAAGGGGAAUAAAAGAAGAAAACAAAAAAAAAAAAAUCAAACGACAAGCAACGAAAUAUUUGAUAAGCUGUACGCGAGCUACUAAAAUAACCAUACACCGUAUCACAUGAAUUGAUAUAAACUAGAUUUAUUAAUAGAAAAACGGAGACACCGAUCGAUGCUAAGGCCUGUUUGGUAUAUCGAGAAAGAAAUCUAUAAGGAACAAUAAUAAAAGAGAGAAAAAUAAUAAUCGAAAAGGCGAAAAUGUCUCGGACAAUGGCGCGGGAAGGGGGAUGGAACGUCGAGGAGGGUGAAUUUGUGCAGUAAUGCGAACGACCAUGUCGAUGUACGCACCCCUCUGAUCAACGAACUGUGUCACCCCCAGAAGGACAUACUACAAAAGUAAAGACAACACGAGUAAUAUUUUGAAUUGCCGAUAAAACUAACUGAACGAAAAAAACAAAACUGAGAGAAAGAUAAAAGAUCGGUAUAAAUUGGUCAAAUGAGAGAGCUUAAAAUUAAUUGAAGCUUCGAUCGAGAGAAAAGAGUUGCCCAAUUGAAGUUAAAUAAAAUAUAUACGUAUAUAAUAUAUAUCCAUAUACGUGAUAAAUAAACACGGGAAAUGAUAAAAGAUCGUGGAAAUUUCACAGAAAAAGCGAUGAUCUGUCCAAAACCCCCUCCCCGGUGGCCUGACUCGAAUUGUAAACAAAAUCGGGGGUUGAGGGUGAGGAAGAGGGCGAGUGGAGGGGGCAGGGAGAACGGAGGUGGUAGGUGUCGGUGGUAUACUCGCCAGUAGCACGGCGGUCACAGAUCCUUUCGGAACACAGAAAAGCUGGCCGACCUCUUCAUCUUCUCGAACAUCCACGUCUCUUUGCCACGACGAUGGAUUGGCGCUCGAUCUUCUUCGAUUUCUUUCUCAAAUCUAUGAAAUCGAUGAAGUAAGACUCACCGUUUCUCUGUAAUUUUUUUUUUUUUUUUAUUCCCAACUCGAUCAACUCGAACGAAACGAGAAAGGAAAAUCGUGGAUAAAAUUCUCGACGAAGUGACUGUUACCCUUUUCGAACGUGUUGAAUAAGAAAAUUCAAGAGAUAAAGAUAAAAGUAAGAAAAUUCGAGAAAGAAAAAAAAAGGAAAGAAAGGGUCGGAAGGGUUUCAAGGUGUUUAUCGAGGAUCGAUGGUCGAUUGGCUGCGGCGGAUCGAGUGUAGCCGCGAUGCCAACAUCGCACCGGUCGUUGACACAGUUCCCCGCUUGAAAUUCGGCCCAGUGUGUCUAGCUGCUCCAGUUGAUCCAGGGAUUUUGAAUAUCACGGGUUGAGAAAGGAUGAAGGCUGAAAGCAACAACGGAUACUUGAAAACGAGCGUAAUCGUGGAGCAGAACGAGAUAUCGCUUGGUUCCGGUCAGGAGACACCUGCCACCAGUCCUCUUCAGGUGACUUAUGGCCCCCGUGGAAGCACAACGACCACGGUCCUCCAGCAUCCUGGGAACAGGCGGAAGUCGCUAGGAAUAACGCGGGCGACGUCAAUCAGACGAAGAGGGCCGGCCAACAGGCAGCAAUUGCUCGGUGUGCUCGCCGUCACUCUCCUCGCCACUUGCCUUUUUAUUCUUCUGCUGUUGGCGUUGAACACGAGCCGCGAAUGCGUGCAAGAGCCCCGUCCAAACGUUUGUAUGACAGAAGAAUGCAUCAGAACAGCUGCCAGUCUACUCUCGGCGAUGGAUCGGACAGCAGCGCCAUGUGUAAAUUUCUUCCAAUACGCGUGUGGCACGUGGAACCGUCGUCACGUGAUCCCAGAAGAUCGAAGUUCGAUCAGCACGUUCGAAGUGUUGGCCAAUCAGUUACAAGUGAUUCUGAAACGCAUCCUGGAGGAACCGCCGAACAACGAAGACAACAACGCCACCUUAAAGGCGAAGAUAUUCUACAAGUCUUGCAUGGACAUCCCUCGUAUAAGAGAGAUAGGAGAUGCACCGUUGAGAAAGACAUUAGAGUUUCUUGGCGGUUGGCCAGUAGUGGUUGGACCAUCAUGGAAACCACCUCCAUAUUCCGUCGAGGUUUUGCUAGGUCGAUUAAGAGGACAGUACAACGAGGGAGUGUUGUUGGAACAAUGGGUCGGUCCAGAUGACAAGAACUCCUCAGCCAAUAUCCUCCAGCUGGAUCAGAUGCAAGUAGCGUUGCCAAGUAGAGACUAUUACUUGAAGAAGAGCAGCGAGUCUCAACUACACGCAUAUCAUCGUUAUAUGACAAACGUUGCUGUAUUGAUGGGUGCUAAUAGACAGACAGCUGUAGAGGAAUUCAAUCGCGUGAUCAAUUUGGAGAAACAAUUAGCAAAUGUGUCGAUACCAGAAGAUGAUAGACACGAUACGUCCGCUAUUUAUCGGAAGUUGACAUUACGCGAGCUGCAGCGUGAAAUUCCACAACUGAAAUGGCACGAAUAUCUUCAAGAAUUCAUUAAUUCUCCUAUAACGGAAGAAGAGCCCAUUGUUGCGUAUGCCAUGCCAUAUUUCAUGCAAAUGGGCCGUAUCGUAAAAAGAACGGACCGCAGAACGUUGCAUAAUUAUAUAUUAUGGAGAUUGGUCAUGUCCAUAAUGCCUCACAUGAUAGACGAAUAUCAGCAAAAGAGAGUCGAAUUUCGGAAGAUACUGUUGGGUAUACUAAGUGAGAGGGAUAGAUGGUCUCAAUGCGUUGAAUGGACGAACAAAAAGCUUGGUAUGGCCGUGGGUGCACUUUUCAUUCGUGACAACUUCAAUCAUGAAAGCAAGGAGACGGCACUCGAGAUGAUCCGUACCAUACGAGAGGCAUUUAACGAGUUAUUGGCUGAAAAUCAUUGGAUGGAUAAUGAAACUAGAGCUGUGGCCAAGAACAAAGCUAACUCAAUGAAUGAAAGAAUUGGAUAUCCUGAGUUUUUAAAAGAUCCUAUUGAACUUUCCAAGGAAUAUGUAAUGUUAAAUAUUACCGAGAAUCAUUUCCUUGAGAACGUGCUAGCUGUGUUGAAGUAUGACGCUUAUCACAAUUUGGAGAAGUUGCGAAAACCGGUUGAUAAGGACAAGUGGUCAACAGAGCCAGCCGUGGUGAAUGCCUUCUACAAUCCCAAUAAAAACGACAUUGUUUUUCCAGCGGGAAUUCUUCAGCCACUCUUCUACUCCCAGCAUUUUCCAAAGUCGUUGAACUAUGGUGGAAUAGGUGUGGUGAUUGGCCAUGAGAUUACUCACGGUUUUGAUGAUAAAGGACGUCAGUUUGAUAAGGAUGGAAACAUGAUGCAAUGGUGGAACAAUGCCACUGUGAAAGCUUUCAGGGAAAGGGCUCAAUGUAUCGUGGAUCAAUAUUCAAGGUACAAAUUGCAAGAGGUUGAUCUGUAUAUCAAUGGAAAAAUGACUCAAGGAGAGAAUAUUGCUGAUAAUGGAGGACUUAAACAAUCAUUUCGAGCAUACAAGAAAUGGGUGUCGAUACAUGGCGAAGAACCAUUACUUCCUGGUGUAAAUCUCACUCAUGAUCAGCUGUUUUUUUUGAACUACGCUCAGAUAUGGUGUGGAUCCAUGAGACCAGAAGAUGCAUUGACGAAAAUACGAAGUAGCGUUCAUUCGCCAGGCCCAAUAAGAGUUCUGGGUCCUUUAUCCAACAGCGAAGACUUUGCCAGGGCCUAUGACUGUCCUCCAGGCUCACCGAUGAAUCCAACUCAAAAAUGCAAUGUUUGGUAAUACAGAAUUUUUUGAAAGAAAAAAAAAUAAACAAAAAAAUUGGAUACUUGGGUGGUAUUUAAUGCCACAAUUAUAUUUCGUGCCAUAAGAAGACUUUAAUUAUCUUAUUGACCAGUGAUCACGAUGAAAGACCAUGAAAGAGUAUUAUUUCAUCAUGCUUCACUUUGUGAAUAUUCUAUACAUCGUUCAACAUAUUAAUUGAAUCUUAAACAAAAGAUGAUCAUAUUUGUAGAUGUUUAUGAUCUUGUCAAUGAAUGCAUUUUACAGAAUGAUUUAAAUUCAAUCUAAUACCAAUAUUUCACUAAUUAAAGUCGUAGCUAUGUUUCAAAGGAAAUUAUUUUCUUUAUUAGUUCCGGUGAUUCGAUUUGCUGAUCGAUGUACAGUUGAAGAGAGGAUUUUAUUUCACAGUGUUAUAUGUGCGUGUGUAUGAAAAAGUAUGUCUGCUAAAUAAAAAUCGUGAAGAGGAAAAGUUGACUAUAGUGUCAGCCUAAAAUUCCAUGAAUAAAAGCUACAUAAGAUGUAUAUAAAAGAUAUGUUUUAAUCAUGUAAUCCUAAUUCUGUGUGAUUCAUCUCGUCGAAGACGAGUCUAAAAUAAAUUUUUCGAUCAAAUGAAAGAAACAAAAAUGAAAAAAAUAUCAUAUUUAUUACUUUUUUCAAUUUCCCUUCCUAUUUUUUUAUUAUAAUUGUUAAUAAUUAUAGAAUUAUUAAUCAUAGUUGAUUAAUUAAUAUUUUUAGUAGAUUGAAUUUUGUAAAAAUUUUAUAUCAAGUAUAGAUUCUUGAUCGAGUUAUUAUAAAUGCACCUUAAAAUCGAAUAUAGUAUAAUAGUAGAGUAUUCAAAAUCUACUUUAGACAGACAUAUAAUCUAUUCAUAUUCCAUAGAUAGAUAUAAGUACAAAAGAAACAUGGAAUCAUAAAUCUCAAAAAAUUUUUUGAGAAAAAUUUUUAUUUUUUCUAAAUUAUUUAAAUUAAAGAUUUGUUUUAUUAAUUAAUAUAUUUUAUAUUGAAAAUCUUUUAAAAAAUAAAAUAAUAAGAAUAUAAUGAAUAUAAUAUAGACUAUCUAUUAAUGAUUCACAAAAAUGAAAGGAAUUUAUUAAGAAUCGAGUAUUUGUUGAAAGAUUUAUUCUAUAUUGGAACAUAUCAUCCAUACAUAGCACGGUCAAUACCGAUCUCGCUUUGUUUCGUGUAAAAAAGGUGGAAAUAAAAAUAAUAUACAACAGACAGAGGGCUCUCCCUCUUUCUCUUUCUCUCACUUCUGAUCUAAUUGUCAUACUACUCUCAAUAUCAUUUAUCUUCUACUUCCCUUAUAAUUUACAAGAAUUCACAAAUCGAAAUUAGAGAUCUGUACAUUCUUGUAUAAUUUAAAAAAAAAAAAUUAUUUGUCAUAACACGUAUUGUUAAACGUCUAUAUAUAUAACAAUAAAAUCAAUAUUUAUAAUAAAUCGGUAUCGAUACCGAGUAAAUAAUAGAUAACAAUUAAAAUACAAAUCUAUAUUUUACAAGCUGAAAUAAAUUAUAUCUAUAUCUCAUAUUUUCGAAUUUCAUUCGAAUGUAUAUAUAAUAUAUAUAUAUAUAUAUGUGUAUCUAUAUUAUAUAUAUUUAAAAAUUAUGAUAAUCGGAAGAGAAAUAAAUUAAUAUACAAAAUGCUAAAGAAUUUCUCGAAUAUUUUGGAGAUUAUGCCAAUCCUUAGCGUGUUCAGUGAGAGAAAGUAAAGAAGAGAAAGAACAUCAGUCGACUCGAUCAAGUCAUCCAAUUAAUCGCGAAUAACAAUAUGGCUACCAGCGAUCUCUCGGUUUAUGUACAUGCAGCGGGUAAAUUUAUUUUUUCUUCUUUAUCUUUUCUUCAUAAAACGAUUAUACUAGGAGGAGUUCUGUAAAUGUUCAUCUAUUUUAUAUUCAUUUGCAAGUGCUUCGCUUGAAAAAAGUGAAAAAUUUUUCAAAUCGUUUCGUAAUUCUCGAGCAAUAUACAUUUUUCGAUUAAAAGAUAAUUAUUUGGACGCAUUAAUUUAUUCAUCGUGUUGGUUUGCUGAAAAUUUUUUAUAUUUUUUUUUUAGUAAUUAUCAUUUUCAUCAAAUUUUUUUACUAGAAUUUAAAAUUUCGAUGAAAUUACCAUCCAAAUUUUGUACCUGUCUCACUAACUUCAUGAAUCAUAUGUGAUCUGCAUAAUUGAUAUAAUUAUUAAUACAGUGUAAUUAAUGUAAAACAAUUUAUUACAUAUUUAGUAUCCAUAUAUGAUUCAUGAAAAAUUCUUCAUUUUCUUUUUCAACAAUUUUUUUGAACAACCCACAGGCAGAAUAAUACAUUAAAAAAUUAAUCAAAAACCAAUCAAAACGAAUCUGUUUCGGAUGAAAAACGAAAUUUCCAAUUUGCUUCUCGUCGAAGUUUUUAUUUUCUUUUUUACUAUUAUUUUUUUUCUCAAAAAAAUAGUGAUUUCUUUACAAUAUUUCUCUUUCUCUCUCUCUCUCUCUCUCUCUCGCUUUCGCUCGUUCCCUUUUUCUCCCUCUCUUUCUCUCUCCAUUAAUCUACACCCUGAUGCCCAUGCAUAAUCAAUUUAUAGUAAAUUUUUAUUGCGUCCACGAGGUCGGAUACGUAUUUGCAAUUAUUUUCUUAUUAUUUUCCAUUUUUUCUCUUUCUUUCUUUAUUCCAGAAAAAUAUAUAUGUUUAUACGUAUGUAUGUAUGUAUGUAUGUAUGUAUGUAUGUAUGUAUGUAUGUAUGCAUGUAUGUAUCCUUGUAUGUAUGCAUGUAUGUAUAUUUAUGUAUAUGCAAUAUGUAUAUUUAUAUACAUAACAGUGCCACGAGAUGGAAAUCGUCAACAAUGGACAACAUUUUGUUUCUUUCUCUCUCUUUUUUUUUUUUAUAUAUCAGACUUUACGAAAUAAGUACCAAAGUAAAUCUGUCGUCCUGUUUCGUGUCACAUUUUCGAUUCUGUCAUUUCGCGGAAAUGUACAGGUAAUAAAAUAUAUUUAUGAUAAAACCCUUGAAAUUGCCAGCAAUUUUAUUUCUUUUUUUCUUCCUCUUAUAUUUUUUUUUCUCUUCAUGUUUAAUAUACUCUUAAACACUACGGAUGUGUGACUCUAAUAUGAUUAAAUCAAGAUGGCGGAAGAAGCCAUGUUUUUCAAUAAAUUCUAACCUCUAACAGAAACAUCAGAAAAACAAUUAAUUCUUUGAAAUUAAUGGUACUAUUUUUUUUUUCACUAAACAUUUUUUUAAAAGUUCUCUGCCUGAGAGCUGUUCGUUCAAACAAAUAUCAAUCGAUUUAUUUGAUAUUUAUUUUAUACAGAAAAUUUUCAUUUCUUUUCUUCAACGAAACAAUUUGUAAAUUAAUUUAUUCAUCUUUUCACUAUAUUAAUGUUUAACCACUAUGUCUCUUGUGACAUCAAGAAGCAAAUUAAAGGAAAUGAUCUAUGGAUGAGAGUUAAAGAGUGAAGAAUAGAGGAUGAUGCGAAUAUCUCCAUACGAUGUGACAAUGACGAUGUUUCUUUUUUAGCAUGGAGGCUUGUGUUGAACAUUAUAUAUUGAACAUCCCAGUGUAGAUUCGUAUAUGGAGAAUUUGGCAUCAGCCUACAGAAAAUUGAAACGUGAACAGAUCUCCUCCAUAGUUCGGCCAGCAACAAUGAAACGAAAAAACAAGGGAGUGUGGGUAGUACAAUGUACAAAGCUAAUUUACAAAGGUGUCGUUCGGUUACCCUCUGUAUUUCACGGUUCGCCUCGCGCUUCUUCAUCUCUGCUUCUUUUAUAUGUACACAAUGCACUCUUUUUGAACUCUAUGGCUUCUGUGGUUUCUCUAUCUCUCUCCCUCUCACUCGCACACCACGCACUCUGUGUUUUCUUUUUUUUUUUCUGUCUUCUUAUUUCUAUAUAAUUAACGCUUUUUAUAUAUAUCGCCAUUCGCCACUUUAAAUCCCGCCAAUCGUCAGAGAAAUCAUCGAUUACGAAUUGUUACCCCUCCGUACUACCAUUUCGUAACAUUCCUCCCUCCCUUUCUCUCCUUGCCGAUGAAAAGGCUUGCAAUACUGUGUAAGAAAAAUAAAUAGCUUCCUCUCUUUUCUACCUCUUUGUUAUUAGAAUAAACUUUGAACGUUUCUUGGAUUUUUUUUCAGGAAAAUAAAUAUUUCAACGAUUCCAUAGAUAUUUCUUCUGUUGGUAUCGUUCCUUUCUUGUUUGUUUGUGUUCAUUUUUUUUAUUUUUUUUUUAUUUUUUUUUUAUUUUUUUUUAGGUUAGAAUUUAACUUGUGGAAACUAUGCAACGCCCUCUUUGCUCAUCUAUUUUCCAUUGUUGUACUCAACACAGGGGACACAGUGAUCUGAAAGAACCCCUUUUCCAGAAUGGUUUUGCAAAAUUACCAAAAGGAGAGUCUUUUUAACUGAAAAUUUUUACAAAAAGCAGUUUUCGAAUUCCACUCUUUUUUUUCUUUUUAAUGGAAAUCUCAAAUUCUUUUUGUCAGAGAAUUUUUACUUUUCUCGUCUCGCAUCUCACAGUAUUGCAUGUCAACAAAGCGCAAUAAAAUUCGUAAAAACGAACAAGCUACAAAAACAAUUUUCAUUUUAUUAAAAAAUCGGUGUGAUCGAACUUUAAUGCUCGAAGAUCAAGCUUGCAGUGUAUUUUCAUUAAAAAUUGCAAAAAAAACUUUUCACGCAUAACGUGAUUCACUUGUACAUUUUUAAUCCUUCCUAUCAUAUGGAAUUCGAGAAUGUCCCAAAAAAAUCGAACUUUAGCUUACAUAGUAGCUAAAUGCAUAUAUCUUUGCAUAAACUGUUCCUCAUCGUAUCGUUCGUUUUGAGACAUUUCGAAUUCGGAAUAAAAUUGAGAUCUAUAGAGAUCUUCAACACAAGAUUCUUUCUAUUCGAAAUUUUGGAUAAAUGCAAAAAUUCUGCCGGUUUUCUUUUAUCUUUCUUUAUUUAAAGAAUCAAUAUGGCGAUAGAUGUUAAUGUUUUGCAUUCAACAAUUUUUUUUUCAUUUUUCAGAAACGUGCUCUCUCUAUUUUCAUUCAAAUUUUUAUUAUAAAUUAUUUUUACAUUCAUGCAAUUAUAAUUUUUUUUUUCUUAUUAUUGUUCUUAUGUAUCUUGAAAGGAUUGUUGAAUAAAGACCGACUGAAUUUUUGCACUUAUCUAACAACUUUAUUCGCGCAGCACAACUUAGCAGCCUUGAGUUUCCAGUGGUUUUCAGCCAUUCUUUCUCGGUUCAUUGCUUAUAUGGAGCACUUUUGAUAUUCACUAUUGCUUAAGAGGUGGAAGUUAAUUUUUAAAUUAACUUCGCGAUAUUCACUUCAUGCCUUCACAAAUAUUAACAAAUUUUUUAAUUUUAAAUUAAAAUUAAAUUAUCCACGGAGAAUUUGAAUAAUUCUUCGUAACAGUUUCAAAGAAUUUCUAGAGAAAUUAAAAAAUUGCACAAUCAUCUUUGUUAUCAAAAAAAAAAAAAAAAAUAAUAAAAGCAUCAUAAAAAAUUAACACAAUAUAAAAUUAAUCAAAUUUCGUAAAUUUUGAAUAAAUUUGCGAAUUAUUAAAUAUGUUCUGAUAUUUGGGAUACCAACUAACCUGAAAAAGGAGUCAGCCCCCUGGAACAUAAACUGGCAAGAACAUUCUUCGUCCUUUCUUCAAUAUAUUUCUCGCAUUAUUUCUUCGCAAAAAAUACACAUCGAUUUAAAAGACAGAUACAUUAUCUCGUAUAGCUUUUCUCGUCCAGGUUUGUUGUUGCCCUCUGUCGUUUAAUCUUGCAACUAUGCAUUCGGAUUCAUUUUUCUCAUUACCUCUCACUCUCUCUCAUUCUCUCGCUUGCUAUUCACUUAAUUAUCUCUCAUAUGUCUUCAUUUUCAUCGUACAACACUGUAUUAUUUAUAUGUUUAAAGACUUUAUCGACAUCAUCAUCAUCAUCAUCAUCAUUUAGCAAUCGUUAAAAUUAUUGUACAUUAUUUAAUUAGUAAUCAUUAGAAUAUAAUAUUGUUGAUGUACAUGUGGCUCCACCAAAUUCAUUGCGGAGAACGCGUAAAUUAUUAGACACGCGUGAAUAUAAGGGAAUCCCACUUAGUCGAGAAUACCCGAAUUCGUUUCUUUUUUUUUUUUUUUUUUCUUUUUAAAAUUCAUUCUUCUUUCGAAGAAUUUUUUUAUUACAGUUAAUUUUUCUCGAUGAUUUAUUAUUUUUAAUUUUUCCUUUAAUUUUUUUCCCUUAAAAUUUCAGAUAUCUUGGGCAUAAAAUACUUCAGGUAUUCGAAAAAGGCUUCUUAGAGCCACAGUCGACGUAGCUUCUUUUACAACUCUGAAUUACCAAUUCGGGGAUUUUCAACCGAAAAACGAUGAAAUUACAAAAUAAUUUCAAUCCUAAAUCCUUACGAAUUCUUUCGAAUUUUAUAAAUUUAUAUAAAUUCGAAAUUUCUCAAUUUUAUAUUCUCCAUUAUAACAUUUACAAAGAAAGAAUUUUGUAAUUUCAUCGGUUGCUCGUAGUAUUCCUAGUAAGUUUAAUCCUAAUGUUGUUUAUAUCUGAUUUGCAAUUUUCAAGAUCAAAUCGACUGAGACAAUUUUCGCGCGUGCCUAUCGAAUAUCUACGUCAUGUAACUUCUAUUAAACGCACACGGGCGUAAUAAGUCGAACUGCAUCGCCGCAUUGCCAAUUCGCAAAAAAAUCUCUUUGCACUUGCGCGACGAAAUUUUUUUUUUCCACCAUUUUCCAGUUUCUUUUUUUUUUAUUUUCUAUUUUCUCUCUCCCACAUUCUAAGCGGAGUGCACACCGAGUCCCUUUCUUUCCUUUUCAUACAGAUUCAGUCUCUCUCUCUUACACACACGCGCAUACACGCAUCUACACUCAUUCAUGCACAGUUCGAACAGAACCACUAAUUGUUGUACAUACAAAGUAUCGCUUGCCAUCAUCGUUUAAUUUCGUGCGCGCGCGCGCGCGUUUAUGUUGUAUACACACGUGUGAAAUUAGUGUUGGGAAUCGUAACGCGACCAUAUCUGCCUUGAAAAUUUUAUAUUUCUCACUUUCUUUCCUCCUCCUCUUUUCAAUUCCUUUUCUUUUUCCUUCCUUUUUUCCUUUUCUUUUUUUUUUUUUUCAAUUACGAAGGAACAAAUUCGUAACUCGAUAAAAAUUUGACUACUAAAAUUUAUAAUAAAAGAGGUGUACUGUACUCUACACAGUACACGAGUAUCGUUAAUUUUGCAACACCGUUCUCGAAUUUCUACGAGUAACGCGAAAAAAUUGCAACUACGCGAAAAAUUUUGCGAUAAAAGUUCUACGCGAACAGACUGUGUCGACCUCGAAAAAUUUUCAAAGACACUCGUAUAAAUGCGUAUCUCUUUAUGUACAUACAUUUUUUUUUCUUUUUUUUUGUUCAAGUGUCUUUUUUAAAAAAAAUUCCUACAGCCAAAAAUACGAAAAUUUUGACGGAGGUCGACGACCAGACGAUUCCAAGCGUUUGAAAGUUCGCGCGCAAAUUCGAACGUUUGGCGGGAACGUUUCAAAUGUCACAAAAAUGAGAAACAACGCCGCGAGAAAAUUUUUUCUUUUAACAAAUACAUCCCUAAAAAGAAUUUCGAAAUAGAAUCGAAUUUAACAAAUCUAACCUACUAGAAUCACAAAUGUUACCGCAGAAUAUCUCUGCAAAUUCGAUUAUUAAUUUAAUUUUUUUUUUUAUAUCAACUUCGAUUCAUCGAUAAAUAUUCGAUGUCCAUCGUUGUCGAAACGAAUCAGGGCCACGAGGAUCAUCCGUCACUGACUUCACGAUCAACCGUGAUAACGUCUUAAAUUAACUUUCUUAAAAAACAACUUUCCAAUCACAAAGGCGAUUUGAUUCCCAUCACUGUACACAAAAUACCACGUAAAUGUGUGUUUUUGUCUAUGUGUAUGUAUGUAUGUAUGUACGUAUGUAUGUAUGUAAGCAUGCUGUGUGUAUCAGUGUGCAACCUAGCGAAUAUAUAAUAUAUUGUAUAUAUAUAAAACGUUCCAAAUAGAAAUAAUAUUUUACCAAUUAUCAAUCGAAUGCGGAGCAAAAAAACUCCCAUCAAGUUUGUUUCACGAUUUUUUUCGUUAUUAUGCGAUUUUUUUUUAUCGUUUUCUACUAAAACGUACAACAAUAAUUUUUUUUUUUUCAGUCUAAUACAUUCCAAAGCACCAAUUCGUUAUAAUUCUCCAAUCCAAUAUGGCCGCACAACCGAGUGUCCACGAAACACGGCCUCUCUUUUUUCUCUUCUCGGAGAAAAAUUUCUCGCAUUUUUUUUUCGUUCGAUGCGCUUACAUCUAUUUAAAAAAAAAAAAAAAAAAAAAAAGAA